AUGAUCAUUGACAGAAGAGAACACCUACAGCGAAUGGAGUUGGCUGCACCAAUCAAGUCAUUGAUUGAUGAUUUGACCAACUCUAAGGAAGAAGAAUUCAUAAAUUUGUUAAAAUCAAAUUUGAAAUGGAAAAGACCCAGAGGUGACCUAUUGCAUUGGAUACCAACUCUCAAUCGCAUUGAUGAGAUUCUUGCUAAGUAUAUUAAGGAAUAUGAUUUGGAGAACGAAUUUCCGAAGUUACGUCUCAUUCCGGAGACAGAAGCAGAUGUUAUUGUGACGUGCCUAGAAUUUACAAACACGUUACUCAGUAAUUGUUCAGACAAGCAUAUCUACUCCAGUAUGGAAAGAAUUUACGCUUUAAUCAAUACACCCACAGUUGAUGUAAGGCUAAAGGCAUUGGAGGUUGCGGUCUUACUUGGUGAAAAAUUUGUGUUGACGGGGGCAUCUCGCUAUUCCGCUCCAAAAGAAGCAAGAGACAAGAUACUUGAAAUUGCAAAAGCCUUCCCUCCCUUGGUUCCGGCAGAAUGUAAUCUGAGGCAAAUCGAAAGCGAACAAAAGGAUUCAAAUGAGAAGUCAAGUAUUAUAGGAGAUCAUUACAACUUUGUGGAUACUUUGCAACCUACAAAGGUGCUUCCAAAAAAGUGGAAAAGUAUCAACUUUCAAUAUUACAAGUCCACAGUAUCACAGACCAAAACCGGGGAGCUGGCCCAGCCAACAACUCCUAGUCUGAACAAGGAAAAGUCCGAAAAAGUGGUUGUGUCAGAAGGUUUACAAAUUUUCUCGGUUCCUGAGGAGUCCGUUUCUAGAAUGUCUUUGGAACAAAUAUUUUUGAGAGGAAUGGAAAUUUUGCCAAAGAACUCUUGGUUUGGCUUCAGCUUGGCAUCGGAGGUUGCAAAAUCUUUCAAUACGCAAUCCGAAAAUGCAUUCACACUUAGGGAGAAACUAACCCAAAUGAAAUGCUUUGCUGCUGCCUUCACGUGCUGCAUGUUAUCACACCAGAAUGCUUCAACAAAGUUACUUGAGGCCGAGCCUUAUAUUUUGAGUUUCCUUGUAGACGCCAUCCUGCCAGAAAAUAGUGACCACGUACCAAGACCCGUGUUUUAUGCUGCAAUGAAAGCACUUGAGUGUAUUUCUAUGAAGAAAGUAUGGGGAAGCGAUAUCUUGAGAUGUAUGGGAGGAAAUGUAAGUCAUGGAGUUUUAUUUCAAUGUUUGAGAAGUAUAAAAGCUUAUGUUGCCGAGGAUAAUGAUGAUUACUAUGAGGAAGGAAAUAUACUUUUCUUCAACAUGCUUGGUAACAUGAUAAAUACAAAGAGCAUUUUGCCGCGUCUUGCAUCUGGUGGAUUGCUCAAUGACUUGAUGCCCUUUUUGGAUAUUCGUUCAAAGUACAAGUGGACUUGUUCUGCUGCAGCUCACCUGCUUUCCUUGUACAUUGCAGGUUUAUCCGAGUCCCUCGAUGAGUUCAUUGCAAAUGACGGUUUCAAUUCAUUAAUUAACGAUAUUCAAUUUGAGGUGGACUCUGCACUUGAUAGUCCACAAGACGAUGGUAUUUAUGGCGAAUGCCCACCGUAUACAAAAAUUCCGUUAAGAAAAGCCAACUUUUUGAGAAAUUUGAUGAAGUUUGUUGCUGAUCUCCUUAACUCAGAUCACGGAGAUAGGCUUCGGAAUUUAUUUGAUUCACCAAUACUUUUGAGCUUCAACAAAGUAAUCAGCAAUCCAGAAAUUUUUGGUCCUGCUAUAUUGGCAUGUACUAUAGAUUCUGUAUUUUUUAUCAUCCAUAAUGAGCCUACUGCAUUUUCAAUUUUGAACGAGGCAAAUGUUAUUGAUACGAUCCUAGACAACUACAGAAAAUUAUUCAUCCCUUCCGGGCAGUUAUUGAUGUCACUUCCAGAAGUACUUGGUGCCAUUUGUUUAAACAAUGAGGGUUUAAAGAAAGUCAUUGACAAAAAAAGUAUACCCAUAUUUUUCGAAACUUUUUAUCAACUUCCAAUAGCAAAAGUUUUGGUCAAAUCUGACAUGGCUACGAAUUUAGGAUGCUCCUUUGAUGAGUUGGGUAGACAUUACCCAAGCCUCAAGCCUAUGAUUUUGAAGCAAGUACUGAAGUUGAUUGAGCAGAUCAUGAUUUAUGUGGAUGAGCGAAUGGAGGGCAUAAAAUUGUACGAGUCAUCAUCUGGCUCCUUCUAUAAUUCCAAAGAAGAGGACUCAAAUGUUAAAGUAGACAAUGACUCAGAAAUAGAAAGCUGGGACAAAAAUGAGUGCUGUAUUUUACUCGAUAACGUUUUUUUCUUUCUCGGAGGGUUGCUACAAGAGAGCGGACUGUGGGGUGAGGACGUUGCACGUGAGAUUAAUUUCGCCAAAUGGCUCAAGUUUUUGACCAUCAAAAAAGCGCCUUAUGAUUACUUUUUAUCCAAUGGAAUUUCUUCCUUGAUGGGUAUUUUCAAGUACUUUGAUGAUGAGGAUAGAGAUUAUGGUUUCCCAAUGAUAGUUGAAAAACUUAGACUAAUGCUUGAGCUCAAGGUUGUUGAAGAGUACCUCAACUUUGCCGGCGAAGGAUCUUUUUUUGAUACCAUUAGUAAGGCUGAUGGAACUGAGCUUUUACAAAAUUUGGGUGAAAUAAAUGUGUUACUUUUUGCCUUGACUGAGAUUUACAUAAAUUUGGGAUUACUUUUUACCGAAAGAAUUAAACAAAUUGUUGAUAUGUUUGGAUCGCAUCAAAUCUUUGUGCAGAGAUUGUUUUUGCUUUUGCAACGAAGCGUUAUUGAAGAGACAAUUUUAAGAAAUAGAACCCCAGACGAGGUGUUGAAAAUGACAUCUAAUUUCCCCAACGACAGUCCUCCCUUACAAAUUAAUGUUUGCGACCCAGCUGACACCAAAAUGGAUACCAGUGGUACCAAUCCCAAAUUCAAAAACACCCUACAACUUCGUACACUAAAUUACUAUUUCCAAGGCUAUAUUGCUCUUAUAUUUGCUUCCAUUGUCAGAACAUGCAUCCCUCGCAGAGUUGAUCAUGCACACCACCAAACAAAAAGAGAUGCGGUGUCAUUGUUGUUAUGUAUCGCAAAUUUGAUGACUGGUGCAUAUGAGCAACCAAUGGAGUCAAAGUACAAUAAACAUUGCUACAUUUUGGCAAUAUCGAAUGUCAACUUAUAUAUCCUUAGUCAAAAGGAGCGAACAAGAGAAACUGUCUAUAUCCCACUUGCAAUUGCAUUGUUCCAAUCGUCAUUUUACCUGGUGUUGAGGAGGGUUACUCAAAAUUUAUGGCAAGAUUUAUUACUCAUGGACCCACAUGAAGUUCAAAAAACUGCAGAACUCAAAUACAUUUGUGCAAAUGAAAGCAGUAUUAUAAAGAAUGCAAUUAGCCAAAACUUAAUGAUAUUUGCAAAGAGUGUCAAUGAGUCGGAUUUGGGAAACUUUCCAUUUUGUAAAUCAUACUAUCUGAAUAAACCAUUUGGCCCUUUAGAAAGAGGUAUUACGAUGUCAUUCUUGGUUCAGGUCUCUUUCGAGGCAUUGAAAUUGACAUAUGAAUUAACAAUAUCAGUAAUUGGCACAACUGACGACAAAGUCAUAAAACAGAAUAUCCCAACACCUUUAGUUGAGCAGGUGAUCUUUAUUGCAUCUCAUCUGUAUCAAGAAAGCGAACACCCAGACAAUUUUGCUCCUUUGGACGUUAGACGAGUCUUCCCUGAUCUGGAUCAAGUUGCAUACCUUAUCUCAUUGGGUAUGUCAGAGUCUCAGGCUGAACAUUAUUUUGAUCACGAACUGGAUUUGACAGCGUUACGCGAGGGAAGAGCGAUUUCUUGUCAGGAGUUUGACAAUUUCACACAAAGUGAUUGGAAAACUUUCACUGAUGAAUAUAGGUCAGCAGAUGUGGAUUUUUCCUUGGACGAAGGAGAUUAUCUCACUUCAAGACAAAUCUUUGAUGAAUGCAGAAAAAUUUGGAAGAUUUUGGAUGGAAAAUGGAUUCUGCUCGCGGUCGUUUACCCCAAGGCCACUAACUUGAUUGCAGAUCUUCUUGUUACGUUGAAAGAGAGUCAACGCAUCGACAAGCUUAUCGACGAAGCCUCAACACCAGGGAAUUUGAGUAACGAACAGUAUGUUGUGUACUUACAUCUUAUAUCAGUGUUGCUUCAAAAGAAAGAAUAUGCACAUAAGAAUGCGUUGAAUAAGGUGAGCGGUCUAUUUAGCACGUCCUCAAUUGGGCCUUCUGCUGUGGAUGAACCAUUCUACCAAUACCUAAUGGCGAUUUUUGAGCAAAAGUUAGUAGAGGAAGAUGUACCUCCAGCAGAGCCUACAAAACAUGAAGAUAUCAAGCAUAAAGCGGAUCGAAGCACGAGUGACAUUAAAGCCUUGAAGGAGUUGUUUGUACGAGAGAUUUCUAAAAUUGACAAGAUAUCUGAUAUCAAAUCUGCGAAUGGUGUAUCUCGUGUUAUUGCAUUGCUUGCAAAGGAUUAUACGCUUGCUAAAGAGAUUUCAAAUUUACCAGUAUUAGGAGGAUUGAUUAAAGUAGCGAGAAAUACUGGAGAGGAAACGACGGUCUUGGAGUCGCUUAAAACUAGUAUUGUUUUGAUUAUGCGCUACUGCUUCGAAACGAAAGAGGUUGUUGAAAGUUAUAUGAAGCCUGAGUUGGCCAAACUUUUGGGUUCUAGCUUCAAACUGACGAAAAACCUUAGAGUGUUACUUAAAGACAGUAUGCCAUUAGUGUUCCGUGAUCCACAAGCCUUGACUGAGACCGUAUCGGAGAGCAUUAUCCUUGAAGGAUACAACGGACAAGACUCUUCUUUAACAUAUGGUGAUUUGGUUGUCACAAAAUCGGAGAAGACUCUACCUUCUGAAGAGAGUGAAACGCCAAGUGAGACCAAUCCAAAAACCCUUGAGCUUGGAUCAGUUAUGAAUCUCUUGUUAACAGAAUUAAUGAGUGUGGUUAAGAGCGAUUGGGUGUCAGAUCCAGAGAAUGAUGCUAAGAAGAACGAAAAGGAAAAAGAAAAACACACUGAUAUUUUUGCAAACUCAAACUUUGCAUAUUUGUGUUUCCUCUUGCAAACUAUUGCCGAGCUUUUGGGAUCAUACAAGCAAGCCAAAUUUGAUUUCCUUACAUUUUCAAAGAAAAGGCGCGGUGACGUGAAGCCAAGGUCAACAUCAUUGAACUUUUUCUUACAUCAAUUAAUUCCCACUCAGCUGUUGAGUGCGACGGGCCUGGAGUUGGAAAGAAGAACAGCUGUUUCGUCAACUGCAAAAAUGGCAUUGAUGUGCUUGAUUUCGUCACCCAUUCUGGAUAUUCGAAACGGAUCCAAUCUGAAGAAAGAGGACCCCGACCUUGCGCUAAUACGAAGAUUUGUGGUUGAUUUGGUGGCAAAGGUGAUGAAAGAUACAUCCCAAUUGAACGUUGUUGCUCGUUCAAGAUACGGCAAGUUGUUGGACUUGUUUGAACUCAGCGGUCUGUUGAUAUCACCAAAGUUUCGUGACACCAUUGGCCCUUUGCUCAACAAAGAAGCCAUUCAAUACGACAUAUACCACAUAUCCAAGGUCUAUAUUGAAAAGCAAUUACCCGCAAUGUUGACCAAUUUAAUUGCCGAAUUUGACUUGAACUUUCCAGAAAUUGAUAAAGUUGAAAAGGCUGCUUUGAAGCCCAUAACACAUUUGGGCAAAAACAAAGUUGAUUUUCAAGAGCUCUUUGCCGAAGACGGCCAAGAUGAAAAUGAUGAUGAUGAUAUUGUUCCUGACGAUGAAAACGAAGAUCGCGAUGAUACGCCUGAUUUAUUCCGCAAUUCCACAUUGGGUAUGUAUGAUGUGGAUGUUGAUAGUGAAGAAGAUGAAUAUUACGACGAGGAUGGACAUUUAAUGAUAUCCGCGGAGGCAUCAGAUUCUAUGGAAUCUGCAUCAUCUUUUGAUUCAGAUCAGGAAGAUGAACAGCUGGAUAUUGAAAUGGAUGAAGGACCUUAUGGCGAUGAUGAAGGCUCGGAAGGAAGUCUUGAUGAUAUUGAAAUAAUAGACGAGUUGGAUAUUGAUUCUUCCAGCGAUGGGGGAUAUGAAUAUGGAGAUGAUGAAGAUGGAGAUGACGAGGAUGUUGAUGUAGAGGUGGAUAUAGAAGCAGAACCCGCCAGUGGGGAAGACUACAGUGAAGAUGAGGAUGAAAGCGAAUAUGAUGAAGAUGAGUUGGAUGGAUGGAUCGAGCAAUUGGAGAGUGAAAAUGAUCUGCAAGAAGAGGAUUGGCCAAACGGACAUGGUCCUCAUCAUAGCAACAAUCACAACCACAAUCAUGGGAAUGUGCAUGUCCCCUUUCGAUUCGGUGAGUACAAUCCAGGUGAAGAUACACCAACUGAUCGUGGUUUUAGAUUCAGAAGGGAAGAUGAUCUUACGGAAAUCAGCUCAGACGAGGAUAGUGAAUCUGAAUCACAACAGGACCUUGCCGUGCUACCAUCCAACCAUGCUUUGAGACGAGUCUUUGACCAGGCAGGUAAUGGGCGAAUGGAUGGUACAUCUCCAAUAUCUUUGUUAUUAGAUGGAUUGUUCAGAGAACGGAACUUUCCUGGCUCAUUUGAAAUCAGCCAGGAUGGUACUCGAGUUACAGGGGGCACUACUAUUGGAAGACUUUUUGAAAAUAUGAUUCAAAUUGGGCAGACAGGGCGCAAUGUGGACCACACCCAUACUCUUCAUAUAAAGUCUACCAACGAGAGGUGGGUUGACGCAUUAAAGAUGUUUGAUCCUAAGGAUAAAGAAGAUUUAGUUCUGCGAGUAAUCCCUGGCAUUGUUAAUCACAUCGAAGAAAGGAGUGUCGAAGCUUACGAGCAAAAGAAAGUUGACCUUGAAAAGGCUAGAAAAGAGAAAGAAGAGAGAAGAAAGAAGCAGUUGGAAGAGGAGCAAAAGAGACGUGAGGAGGAGGCCAAACAAAGAGAGGAAAAUGCUGCCAAUGAGCCACCAAGAGAGCCAAUCUUUGUUAGAAUUGGAGAUAGAGAUGUUGACAUUAGUGGAACUGACAUAGACCCUGAUUACAUUGAAGCUCUUCCUGAAGAUAUGAGAGAGGAGGUCUUUGCACUGUAUGUUAGAGAAAGACGUGCUAAUGCCACUACAAAUGACUCUGAUGCACGGGAAAUUGACCCCGAUUUCUUGGAUGCUUUACCUGGAAAUAUACGGGAUGAAAUAUUGCAGCUGGAGUCACUAGCAAGAAGGUUUUCCGAGUGGGAUGAACCAGAAGACGCGGAUGUGAAUGCUGACAAUGUGGUAGAUGAAGAAGAUGAAGAACAAUCGAGGCCUCAAAGUUCUCAAAAUCCAUCAUCGCAAGGAGGAAAGAAGAAAUCGGGAAAGAUUUUUUUCACGCCUUUGACGGAUAAGAACGGUAUUGCUGCCAUCAUUAGGCUUCUUUUUUCACCACUAUCAAUAACCCAAAGAGAGCAAAUCUACCAUGCCCUCCAGUAUAUGUGCAAUAAUAAGCACAGCAGAGUUGAAAUUAUGAAUAUGAUGCUUGCCAUAUUGCAUGAAGCUUUUACCAAUCAACGUCUGAUGCAAAAGAUCUAUUCUCAGAUUUGCAGUCGAGCACUAGGUGGUAAAGAGGCGAAAAGUAGAAUUCCCUUGAACACUACCCAAAUAUCGACAGGAAUACAGUUCAUCGAGUCAAUUGAUUUCUUACUAGAAAGAAAUAGCCAUUUGAGAUAUUUUGUUUUGACGGAUCAUGAGAAUCAAUACUUGUUGUCUCUGAAAAAAUCAAAAAAGGUUGCUAGGGAGAAUAAAUACCCAAUUAAUUACUUGUUGAAGUUGUUGGAUAACAAGUUGGUGACAGAGGAUCAGACAUUUUUGGAUGUUUUGGCAAGAGUAUUGCAGAUAUCAACUCGUCCGUUGUAUGCAUUGAAGAAGUCAGAAGGUAAGCCAGCACCAUUCGCUCCACCAUUCAUACCUGAAGAAAACAUAAGGUGUAUCAUUGCCAUUUUGACUGGUAAUGACUGUUCCAAUUCGACAUUUAGGAGGACUAUCAGUGCAAUGCAAAAUUUAUCCGUCUUGCAAAAUGUGCUGGAUAUUUUCAAGAAUGAGUUAUCUAAAAAGGCAACCGAGUACGGACAAAAGAUUAUUGCUGAUUUGAACAAACUAACCGCGGAUCUAGUUACUAGUGGUGACUUGAAUAGCAAAGCAUUCUCAAAAUUCAGUGCCCAUUCUUCAGAUCAAGCCAAACUACUUCGAGUAUUGACCGCUCUCGAUUACAUGUUUGAACACAAGGAUAAAGAUCAAGCUGAGAGAAAGAGUGAUGUUGAAGAGCUCACUGACCUCUAUAAAAAAUUGGCACUUGGUAACUUAUGGGAUUCGUUAAGUGAGUGCUUGAGAGUUUUGGAAAAGAACCCUCAAUUGCACAAUAUUGCUAAUGCAUUAUUGCCUUUGAUUGAAGCAUUAAUGGUUGUUUGUAAGCAUGGUAAAGUUCGUGAUCUUCAAAAUAAGGAGAAUGCUAAAUACGAAGUGAAAAAGAUUGAUUUCACCAAGGAGCCCAUUGAAUCUUUGUUUUUCUCCUUUACUGAUGAGCACAAAAAGAUAUUGAAUCAGAUGGUGAGAACUAAUCCAAAUUUGAUGAGUGGACCUUUUGGUAUGUUGGUCAAGAAUCCGAAAGUGUUGGAAUUUGAUAAUAAAAAGAAUUAUUUCGAUCGAAAACUUCACAAGGAUAAGCCGGAGAAUUCGAAAAUGUCAAUCAGCAUUCGUCGUGACCAAGUGUUUUUAGAUUCUUAUCGUGCAUUGUUCUUCAAGUCCAAAGAUGAAUUCAAGAACUCGAAAUUGGAGAUUAACUUCAAAGGUGAGCAAGGUAUUGAUGCUGGAGGUGUUACACGUGAAUGGUAUCAAGUUUUGAGUAGACAAAUGUUCAAUCCUGAUUAUGCUUUAUUUUUGCCGGUGGUUUCAGACAAAACAACCUUCCAUCCAAAUCGUACAUCAUAUGUGAAUCCUGAACAUUUAUCGUUCUUUAAAUUCAUUGGACGUAUUAUCGGUAAAGCAAUUUAUGAUAAUUGCUUUUUGGAUUGUCAUUUCUCAAGAGCAGUUUAUAAGCAGAUUUUGGGUCAGCCACAAUCAUUAAAGGAUAUGGAAACUUUGGAUCUUGAGUAUUACAAGUCACUUAUAUGGAUGUUGGAAAACGAUAUCACAGAUGUUAUUACUGAAACGCUUAGUGUUGAAACUGAUGAUUAUGGUGAACACAAAGUUAUUGAUUUGAUCCCCAACGGUUCCAACAUUCCCGUGACUGAAGAGAAUAAGCAAUUGUAUGUCAAAAAAGUGGUUGAGUAUAGAUUACAAACAUCGGUUGAAGAGCAAAUGGAGAAUUUCUUAAUUGGAUUCCAUGAAAUCAUUCCCAAGGAUUUAGUGGCAAUUUUUGAUGAAAAAGAAUUGGAACUUUUGAUUUCCGGAUUACCUGAUAUUGAUGUUCAUGAUUGGCAGUCACAUACCCAGUAUGUCAAUUACUCACCAUCCUCAGUGCAAAUACAGUGGUUCUGGAGAGCUGUCAAAUCAUUUGAUAAUGAAGAAAGGGCAAGAUUAUUGCAGUUUGCUACAGGUACUUCAAAAGUGCCCUUGAAUGGGUUCAAAGAAUUGACUGGUGCCAGUGGUACAUGUAAAUUUAGUAUCCAUCGUGAUUAUGGUGCAACUGACCGUUUACCAUCAUCGCAUACUUGUUUCAAUCAAAUCGAUUUACCAGCAUACGAAAACUACGAGACUUUAAGGGGUUCAUUGUUGAUGGCAAUCACUGAAGGUCAUGAAGGGUUCGGAUUAGCUUGA